AUGGCGAUGAGGGCCAGGAAGAAGAUUCAUGCACCGCGAAGGGGUAUGAUGUCUAACAACGUUAACACCUUUGACGAAACGUGGGAUGUCCUGGCAUCGUCCUUGAGAGAGAUUCACACGAAAAAUGCGUCCUCACUCUCCUUCGAAGAGCUAUACCGAAAAGCGUACCGGAUCGUAUUGAUGGGGAAAUGUGGAGACCUUUACGAGCGGGUAAAACAACUGGAAGGGGAAUGGCUUGGACAAGAGAUUCAGAAACGGAUCACUGCGUCAAUCACGUCGAGCCUACUAUUGGCAAAAGAGCCGGUUGACGUUCAAGACCAGUCAAACGAGAGACGGGCCGCAGGAGAAAAGUUUUUGUCUGUGUUGAGAGAAGCGUGGGAAGACCACCAGUUGUGUAUGGGCAUGAUCACAGAUGUUCUUAUGUACAUGGACCGAGUCGUUACUACGGAACACCGGAAACCGUCCAUCUACGUCGCAACUAUGGCCAUCUUCCGCGACUGUGUGAUACGGUCGAAUGUACGCCCCGAUUCAGAUUCCGUGGUUGGUGAUGUCUUAAAGGAUACCGUGCUGUUCAUGAUUCAGCUCGAACGGGCAGGACAUGUCAUCGAACGACCAUUGAUACGACAUUGCAUUUACAUGCUCGAAGGGCUAUACGAGACCAUAACAGAGGAAGAGUCAUCAAAGCUAUACCUAACCAUAUUCGAGCCGGCGUUCAUCGAGACGAGCAGAAGUUUUUACCGGACAGAGGGGCAGCGGAUACUGGAAAUGGCAGACGCGGCUACAUUCUGCAAGAUCACCACAAAUCGGAUCGCAGAGGAGCGGGAGCGAUGCCUAUACACAUUAUCCACCCUUACGGAAUCGAAGAUCAAAGAUGUGCUGGACGAAGAGUUGAUUAGCAGACACAUUGCUGAAGUCGUCAACCUUGAGGGCACUGGUGUCCGGAGUAUGAUCGAUAAUGACCGGGUUGACGUUCUGGCAAGCAUCUACGAGCUCAACUCCCGAGUUGACAAGAAGAAAGCGCCUUUAACAUUGGCUGUGCAGAAGCGGAUAGUGGAAAUGGGGCAGGAAAUCAACGCCUCAGCGACUUCUGCCCAGUCCACAAAGCCGGGUGAGAAAGAAACAAACGGCGAUAAGAAAUCUGAAAAAGAGAAGGAGAAGGAGAAGCCCAUAAACCAGCAAACAAUGUCUGCCAUCAAGUGGGUGGACGAUAUUCUGGCCCUCAAGAGCAAAUUCGACCGGAUUUGGAAGGAGUCUUUCAAGCAAGAUCAGGGCAUGGAAGGUGCAAUGAUGAACAGCUUCUCAGAGUUCAUUAACUCGAAUUCUCGUAGCUCGGAGUACCUUUCUCUGUUCUUUGAUGAGAACCUGAAAAAGGGCAUCAAGGGCAAGACGGAGAGCGAAGUCGACUCUCUUCUCGACAACGGUAUCACCCUUCUUCGUUAUGUUAAGGACAAGGAUCUUUUCGAAACAUACUACAAGAAACACCUUUCCCGCCGUCUCCUCAUGAAGCGCUCAGUCAGCAUGGACGCAGAACGACAAAUGAUCUCCAAGAUGAAGGUGGAAGUCGGAAACCAGUUCACACAGCGCCUGGAAUCCAUGUUCAGGGAUAUGACUGUCUCCGAUGACCUAACUUCCAGCUACAAGGAUCACAUCAAGAAGACCGGCGACCCUGAUCAAAAGAAGGUUGAUUUGGAAAUCAAUGUCCUCACCAGCACAAUGUGGCCGAUGGAGAUCAUGUCGAACAACAAGGAUGGUGAAGUACAGCUCCCGUGUAUCUUUCCGAAGGAAAUCGAGAGCACCAAGCAAAGCUUCGAACAAUUCUACCUCAGCAAGCACAGCGGCCGAAAGCUCUCGUGGCAAGCCAACAUGGGCACUGCGGAUGUCCGGGCAACGUUCCAAAGAUCGAACGGCAAAGUGCAACGACAUGAACUCAACGUGUCUACCUACGCCAUGGUCAUCUUGGUCCUCUUCAACGACGUCCCAGCAGGAGAAUCCCUCACAUACGAGGAAAUCCAAGCACGAACACGUAUUCCAAACCAUGAUUUGAUCCGGAACCUGCAAUCGCUUGCCGUCGCGCCCAAGACAAGGGUACUGAAAAAGGAACCAAUGAGCAAAGACGUGAAGCCAACAGAUAAAUUCUUCUUCAACCACGACUUUCAAAGCCCGUUCAUGAAGGUUCGAAUUGGCGUCGUCAGCGGCGGAGCCAAUAAGGUAGAGAACCAAGACCAGCGCAAAGAGACCGAACAGAAGAUGAAUGAGGAGCGUGGAGCUAGUAUUGAAGCUGCUGUUGUGCGGAUUAUGAAACAACGCAAGAAGCUAAUCCACUCGCAGCUUAUGAACGAAGUCCUUUCUCAGUUAUCUGGCCGUUUCUCUCCUGACAUCAACAUGGUGAAAAAACGUAUCGAGAGUUUGAUUGAUCGUGAAUACCUUGAACGUGUCGCUGAGGAACCCCCUACGUAUGGGUAUAUUGCAUAG